AUGCUUAGAACUAUAGCUAACACCCAAAGAUCGGCAAUUCGUUCAUUUGCUACUUUUUCAUCACCCGAAUCAGUCUUGCCAAAGAAAUAUGGUGGCAGAUACACUGUUACUUUAAUUCCUGGUGAUGGUGCUGGUAAAGAAAUCACCGAUUCAGUCAAAACCAUCUUCAAGUCACAAAAUGUUCCAAUUGAUUGGGAAGUUGUUGAAGUAAGUGGUGUUUCUGGUGAUUCAGGUAAACACCAUGGUGUCGACGAAGCAGUUGAAUCUUUAAAAAGAAACAAGGUUGGUUUGAAAGGUAUUUUGUAUACUCCUUCUGACAAAUCAGGUAAAUCAUUGAAUGUUGCUUUGAGAAAAGAAUUGGAUAUUUAUGCUUCAUUGGUUUUGAUCAAAAACAUUCCUGGUGUUAAAGGUAUUUAUGAUGGAAUUGAUUUUGCUUUAGUUAGAGAAAACACCGAGGGUGAAUAUUCUGGUUUGGAACAUCAAUCUUACCCUGGUGUUGUUGAAUCAAUGAAGGUUAUUACCAGAUUCAAGUCUGAAAGAAUUGCCAAAUUCGCCUUUGAUUUCGCUGAAAAGAACAAUAGAAAAUUAGUUACUGCUAUUCACAAAGCAAACAUUAUGAAGUUGGGUGACGGUUUAUUUAGACAAACAGUUAAGGAUGUCGCUCAAGAUUAUUCCGGUAUUGCUGUCAAUGAUUUGAUUGUUGACAAUGCUUCUAUGCAAGCAGUUGCCAAGCCACAACAAUUUGACGUCUUGGUUACUCCAAACUUGUACGGUUCUAUCUUAUCCAACAUCGGUGCUGCUUUGAUUGGUGGCCCAGGUUUAGUUCCUGGUGCUAACUUUGGUAGAGAGUAUGCUGUUUUCGAACCAGGAUGUCGUCAUGUCGGUUUGGAUAUCGAAGGUAAAAACACUGCUAACCCAACUGCCAUGAUUUUGUCUGCCACCAUGUUGUUGAGACACUUGGGAUUGAACGCUGAGGCUGAUAAGAUUUCCCAAGCUACUUAUGAUGUUAUUGCUGAAGGUAAGGUAAGAACUAAGGAUAUUGGUGGAACUUCAUCAACUACCGAAUUCACUGAUGCUAUUGUUAACAAAUUGGAUUAG